AACGUCACACAUGGAGGCUGCUGUCUCAUUAAGCGAAGUUCAAUAUCCAAGAAAGUCUCCGAGCCUCCACUAUGGAUCUGGUUGUGAACGCGUUGGCCCAGAAUAAGAAAGCCGCUCUUCUGAUCGGCGGAGCUGGCGUUGCAGUUCUGGGACUUGGGCUUGGAUAUAAAUACCUGCGAGAGCCAGAAAAAGUUGUUGGUGUAGGCGUAGUGUCGCAGCUCCUUAUUCACCCUCUCAAGUCUGGCAAAGCGGUGUCUGUGGCUCUCGCAGAAUGCCAGAAAAUCGGUUUGAAGUUUGGAGAAAUGCAGGAUCGACACUGGCUGGUGGUGACGGAGGACGGUCACAUGGUGACGGGCAGACAGCAGCCUCGUCUGGUGUUGGUGUCUCUGACCUGCGAGGGAGGUCAAGGCCGUUUGAACGGGCCAAAUAUGGAGGAGCUGAGUUUCCCUAUCAAACAGCCCGACAAUCCCGUCAUCGACUGCAGGGUGUUUGGCGCUGACAUUCAGGGCCGGGAUUGUGGCGACGAAGCGUCUCACUGGCUCACUCGUUAUCUUGGGGCAGAGAAAACCUUUCGCUUGGUGCACUUUGAACCUCAGAUGAGGGCCAGGAGGCCGGUGGAGUGCGCGCCUCUUUUCUCACAACAUGAGAAAUCGGUGUAUGCAGAUAUCGGAGGUGUGAUGCUGCUGUCUGAGGCAUCUGUUAAGGAUCUCAGCAGCAAGUUAGAGAAGGAAGUCACUGUGGACCGCUUCCGCCCGAACAUCGUGAUAAGUGACUGUGAGGCAUUCGAUGAGGAUUCAUGGGAAGAGAUCCAGAUUGGCAGCGUGCGACUUCAGCGUGUAAUGUCAUGUGGAAGAUGUAUUUUCACCACAGUUGACCCUGAAACAGGUAUAAUCAACAGGAAAGAGCCUCUGGAGACACUGAAAAGCUAUCGUCUGUGCCAGCCGUCUGAGAAGCACAUCUACAAAUCGGCUCCGUUGUUUGGACAGCUGCACACUGUGAAGAAGACGGGGAUCAUACAGGUCGGCGACGUGGUGUACAAGAUCAGCCGUUGACAGGGGUCAGAGUGAGAAACGGGAAAGCGUGGCGUCAAAGUGUUCAGCCGCUUUUCUAAGGGAAGGAGAAAUCUUAGCACCGCCACUGUAAAAUCACAGAGUUAAUCCACUGAAGAAAGCAGUGAAAUAGAUGCACUGUAGUAUAAAUAAUUUGUAACAAAGACUAUCAGAGUUUUUGAAAUGAUGAGAUUCACAGAGAGACCAGCAAAGUUCUAAAUACACCAAUAAUCAAGUCAUUUUUUUUGUUUUAUACUGGAUUGUGUUACUUAUCAUUCCACUCAGCUGCUUCUCCGUCAGAUGGGCUGUUGUGUUGAAUUAAACACAUUUCUAACAACUGCA